CCGGUGGAAACCUCAAACGCAGACUCCUCUCUGUAUACUUGCCUUUCCAGUACACUUGCAUUACGGUAGCGAAGCGGGCUGGUGGCUGUGAAUAAUAUGCAUUUCGGACCAAUUUCAUUCCCUACGUUACCCAGUCCUUCAAAUAGUAUUGUAACUGAUGUUUAUAUUCUUCCAUACGGGUUCGUUUUGGAAGGUUUCAAACUCGCUUUUCUUCAAGCCACUGUAACUGAGUCAAGCAUUGAAUCGCAGCAGGGGAGAAGAGCUGUCAAAAUAUUUUAAUCCGUCUGGCUAGCUGGUGAUGCGUAAAGUCACUAUACCCUCGUCCAGAGCAGGGGCAUCCCCAGCUCCAGACUACUGGAUAGAUGGAUCGAAGAAGGAGACCCUGGCUGACUACUAUGAGUUGGAGUCCGAAUUGGGACGGGGAGCGACGUCGGUGGUGUGCAGAUGUCGACAGAAGGGAACACUGAAGCCGUACGCAGUGAAAACACUGAAGAAAACAGUGGAUAAGAAGAUAGUUAGGACAGAGAUAGGUGUUCUACUUCGACUCUCUCACCCAAACAUUAUCAAACUAAAAGAGAUCUUUGAGACCCCUUCAGAGAUCAGUCUGGUCUUGGAGCUUGUGACUGGAGGAGAGCUAUUUGAAAGGGUUGUGGAGAAGGGCUUUUACACUGAGCGGGAUGCUGCUGAUGCUGUCAUUCAAGUAUUAGAAGCUGUUGCAUACCUGCAUGUGAACGGCGUGGUGCACCGAGACCUGAAACCUGAGAACCUCCUAUACGCUACCGCAGCACCAGAUGCUCCCCUCAAAAUAGCUGAUUUUGGUCUGUCGAAGGUCAUUGAUGAUCAGGUCACAAUGAAGACCGUUUGUGGUACACCAGGAUACUGUGCCCCAGAGAUUCUGCGAGGAAGUGCUUAUGGACCUGAGGUUGACGUGUGGUCGGUGGGAGUUAUCACAUAUAUCUUGCUAUGUGGCUUUGAACCGUUCUUCGAUGAAAGAGGGGACCAGUACAUGUUCAAGAGGAUCCUCAACUGUGAAUAUGAGUUUGUCUCCCCCUGGUGGGACAAUGUGUCCUUCAACGCCAAAGACCUGGUGAGAAAGCUAAUUGUCCAGGAUCCAAAUAAACGGCUGACGACCUUGCAAGCGCUGGAGCACCCCUGGGUGACUGGGAAGGCAGUUAACUCAGCCCAUAUGGACACCGCUCAGAAGAAACUGCAGGAGUUCAAUGCACGCCGAAAACUCAAGGCUGCAGUAAAGGCCGUGGUGGCUUCGUCACGAUUGGGCAGCGCUGGCAGUCACGGCAAUGCUGACAACUGCAAGAACAGCAACUGCAACAACCCCGCCAAUCAGAAAGAGGCACAAGAGGAGCAGCCACGGAACGACCAAUCACAGUCAAAGAUCCAGGAAGGAUCCUAACUGUGGAGCUCCUCUGUCGUUGUGACCCUGUUGGACUGUGAAAUUGCUAUGUGGUUUCACCUUCUGUACUGGAGAUACUCUGCCUGGCUUUAUUGCAUGUGACUGAUUUAUUAAACGAUGUACAACCAUAUUGACUCGGUACAUUGGAACAACAUGCCUACAAGUAUUUAAAGUACAUGUGAAAUCAGAGUUUACUACUGCACAUUCCCAUUUCAUAACUCACACAAGUAGCUUCAUUGGAUGGCUUCCAUUAUACCAUGUUAUAACUGCAAAAUGGCCUUCAAGUGUUCCCAGUAUUAAUUUACCAGUUUGUAAAUUAAUUUAUAACAAUUGGCAGAAUAAGGAUAGUAGGUCAUUAUGUGUUCUGGUAAUCAUCAUGCUGCUUUGGUGGCAGAACAUAGACUGAAGAAUUGAUCUAGGUUGAUUUUCAAUAUUGGUUAAGUAAGUCUACAGUAUCUGGAGAACGGGUUGGACACAUUUUCCAGGCGGUCAUAAAUGUAACCUUUAUUACAACUUCUAAGGAGAAUGCCUUAUUAUUGUAUCUUAUUAACUGGGUUUUACACUCCCCUUGUAAGAACUAUUUAAUAUCUUAAGAAAAGGAUUAGAAACAUGUUAAAAUCAAUCAUUUGCACAAUGAUUGUAUUCAAAUUGACUUUCAAGGAACAUAAGGUUAUUUCAUAGUGCAGAGUUGUUUUAGCAUUAAGAACUUUUCACUUUUGUAUACCAAAAUAUGUUGUGUACAACUGAAAAGGCACCCCAGUUUUUUAUUGCCAAAUACACCAUUUGCAGAGAAAUGGAUGAGUAGAUCAAAUUUAAUUUGAUUUGAUUUAGCUAUUCAGUGCCAAAACUUGGUUGAGGCUGCUGCUUUAUUUGAUAAUAUCCCACCUCUGUCAUAUACAAUUGAAGAGGCUGUAAUCUUAGUGAAAAUAUUUAUAUCUCAUUAUAAACUGGGUGGUUCGAGCCCUGAAUGCUGAUUUGCUGACAUCAGUGGUAUAUCAGACCGUAUACCACAGGUAUGACAAAACAUUAUUUUUACUGCUCUAAUUACAUUGGUAACCAGUUCAUUAUAGCAAUAAGGAACCUUGGCGGUUUGUGGUAUAUGGCCAAUAUACCACGGCUAAGGGCUGUAUCCAGGCACUGUGUGUUGUGUCGUGCAUAAGAACAGCCCUCAGACGUGGUAUAUUGGCCAUAUACCACACCCCCUCGUGCCUUAUUGCUUAAUUAACCCAUUAACUGACAUGCCGUGUUAUGGACUGAUUUUUUUCAUCUACAAAGAAAAGGCUGUAUAUUGAAUUUCAGCAUGCUUUUGCCUUCAGUAUAAAGGAAUGAUGUGGAUAAUAAUGCAUGUAGGAAUGUUGAAUUGAACUGCUGCGGUUGUCUGUAGAAAUGCACUAUAGUUGGCUGACACCACAUGACGGACGUGAUCUGUGUUAAACAGUGAAGUAUUAGAGGCCUCUUAAGGCUUUAAGACAUUAACUUGAUAUUAAUUUUAUAUGCUCAAGGAAACAUUAAAUAAUUCAAUGUUGUCUUAAAAUGGUUACCAUUAACAUUGAUUUGGUAAGGACUGCAGUAUUUAAAAAAUAAACAAUAUGAAGUUA